AAGCGCGCGCCUUCCACUGACCACAGCCGCGCCUCAACACUUUCAUCCAGCUAGUGCACUUUUGCCUGGGCUGCUGUCAAAAUGGCUAAAGAACACCACUGGGCAGCUCAGUCCAUUUUCGCGUAGUCUUUGUCCAGUGUAUUUUAUUUUCAUCUUUUAAUAGUUUUUUUCCAAAGUUUUUAAUCGUCGCAGAAUGUCACAAUGUUGUCAGCACGAGAGAGAGAGUUACUGAUAGAGCUGUGGGACAGACUGACUCCAGCGGCGGAACACAUCGGCUCUGAGGCUCUUUUAAGAACAACAAAACCUAAUCUCACCGUGCAGCCUUUCCAUUUUGAAUGCGACUGAUGUUUACGACGUUUCCUAAGACUAAGACAUAUUUCGCUCAUCUGGACCUCACUGCACGCUCUGAGCAUUUGCGCUCCAUUGGGAAGAGGAUAGUAGAGGCCAUAGCUGAGGGCACCAGACACAUUGGCACCGCCCAGUUCACCGCCAACCUCAGCUAUCUCAGCAGGUUCCACGCCUACCAACUUCGAAUACACCCCACCAACUUCAAGCUUUUCAAUCACUGUAUGCUGGUGACAUUAGCCUGUUAUCUGGGGGAAGAUUUCUCUCCGCGUGCUCAUGCAGCCACAGACAAGUAUCUGUCAGCUUACGCAGCAGUGCUGGCCGAGAAAUUCAGAUGAACAGCCUUAACCAAACACCAGCAUUUCCUACGAGCCAAUUUACCAGAAAGAUGGAAGAGAAUAUUUUCUUUAGUCAUUCAUUAUUAAUGUGAUGUAAAUACUUGCAUAUUUUUGUAAUAAAACAUUAACAUGA